GCGAUCGAACUGAAGCUCCAUAAAAAAAACGGAAACUUUCAAAACGCGCCAACUUUUGUGGCAUUCCUCCUGUUUUUACUACUAAUAUUACUAAUUUAACUAACGAAUUUGUAAAUUAACGAAUAUGGAGGACUUCCAGAGGAUUGAGAAGAUCGGCGAAGGGACGUAUGGUGUUGUGUACAAGGGGAAGAACAAGAAGACCGGAGAAAUUGUUGCCAUGAAGAAGAUCCGGUUGGAGGUGGAUGAUGAGGGGAUCCCAUCGACGGCAAUUCGAGAAAUUUCCCUGCUAAAGGAGCUGAAACAUGAGAAUAUUGUGACACUGCAGGACGUGCUGAUGGAGGAGAAUCGUCUGUACUUGAUCUUUGAGUUUCUCUCGAUGGAUCUGAAGAAGUACAUGGAUUCCCUUCCGGAUAACAAAAUGCUCGACGAUGAGCUGGUAAAGAGUUACCUGCAUCAGAUCACCAGGGCUAUUCUCUUCUGCCACCGGCGUAGGGUGCUGCAUCGGGAUUUGAAGCCACAGAAUCUCCUGAUUAAUAAGGAUGGUUUGAUAAAGAUUGCGGAUUUUGGGUUGGGACGCUGUGUUGGGGUGCCGGUGCGUCUGUACACGCAUGAGAUUGUUACGCUGUGGUAUCGUUCGCCGGAAAUCCUCCUUGGGUCCAAGAGGUACUCCUGCCCCGUUGACAUCUGGUCCGUGGGGUGUAUUUUUGCCGAAAUGGCCACGCGCAAGCCACUCUUCCAGGGAGAUUCGGAGAUUGAUCAACUCUUCCGGAUGUUCCGUGUGCUGCAGACACCCACUGAGGAAAUUUGGCCAGGAGUUACAUCUCUGCCCGACUACAAGUCAACAUUCCCCUGUUGGACGCAGAAUCAACUUGCCAAACAAGUGAAGAAUCUCAGUAAGAGUGGUCUGGAUUUGCUGCAGAAAAUGCUGACCUACAAUCCCGUCCACCGAAUCUCUGCAGCAAAAAUCCUCGAACAUGAAUACUUUGCCAGCUACACAUCGAAGCUGUGUCCCAUUGAGUAGAGGCAGGAAGGAUGGGGGAGCUCAAAAGCCUUAAGGAAAAGACAACUUAUCACCGAAAAUGCCGCUAAAUGCGCGAAUUAUAUUCUCCAACACACAUUUUUUUUAUUAUUAACAUAAUAAUGUAUAGAUAACAUAUUUGUAGGAUAAAUUAGCACAUUAAGGGCCCCAUCGAAAAUGAUAUUUUUUUUAUACAAUAUGCAAAGAGAUGAGCCAAAUUAAAUUGAAAUAUCUUUUGCUAAUGGUUCUGUAA